UUGAAGAGAAUAUAACCGUGAGUAUAAUAGAGUUGAAGAGAGGUGUAGGAUGAGUUUAGCACACAGCCGAGAGCAGCGCUGCACCGCGGGGAACCGCAUGUCCAAACUCCUGGACGCCGAGGAGGAGGACGAGUUCUACAAGACCACCUAUGGGGGAUUCAACGACGAGUCGGGGGACGAUGAGUACAGGGGGGAUCACUCAGACACUGAAGACGAGGUGGACAGUGAUUUCGACAUCGAUGAAGGAGACGAACCCGACAGCGACCAGGAGGACGACACUCCGCGCCGGAAGAGCCGAGUCGUCACUAAAGCCUACAAGGAGCCUUUGAAGGUCUCGAAGCCCAAAGUCAAGCGAGUGACUGAAGAACUAAAGAUUGAACGACCCAAAGUGGAGAGACGCAUCAUCCAAGAGCUGCAGGAGUUCGGGGAGAUGCGUAAGUCGGUGCGCAAGUCGACGAGCGAACACACACGCAAGACGAACGAGCGCCUGCAGGAGCGGCAGCAGGAGGCGCCGCGGAAGAGGAAGGGGGCGAGCGAUCGCGUGCUGACGCAAGACGAGCUGCUAGCAGAGGCUAAGCUCACCGCGGAGAUCAACCUGCGCUCGCUGGAGAACUACGAGCGGCUGGAGGCUGAUAAGAAGAAGCAGGUUCAUAAGAAGAGGCGGUUCGAGGGGCCGACGAUCCGCUAUCACUCGCUGCUGAUGCCGCUGAUGCCUGACGCACACCUGAAGGAGGAGAACGUGGAUGUGGAGGGGCUGGACCAGGACACGCCCCAGGCCACGCCCACUUCCUCUUCCUCCGCGCAGGGGGCGGGGUCUCUGUGCUCGCGCACUUACAUCACCUUCAGCGACGACGACGCGUUUAGCUCCGCCUUCCCUGAGUCGGCUCGCUCCAUCCCGCCGCAGCCCGUUCAGGAGGUGUGUCCCGUUACCCAUAAUCCCGCGCUGUAUCGCGACCCCGUGACCGACAUCCCGUACGCCAACGCCAGAGCCUUCCGCAUCGUCCGCGAGGCGUACCAGAAGUACAUCGCGGCGCACGGCUUUCCCAACGCCUCCGGGAGCUUCGGCGGAUCCAGUGACGUCAGCGACUCCCCCGCGGCUGCGAACAAGAGCGGGCGGCCCAAAGCCGUCGUCAAGCAGCCCGUCGCCGCCACCUAGUGGAUCGGUGCACUC